GCCUGAUGCAGCUUUGUCUCCGCUCCUUCAGGAACCGAACAGGCCCCGUGUCUCCUCCGCCGCCUCACCGCGACCCUGCUGUCUCUGCGCACGGAUGGAGGGCCGAGAGGAGCCCGCUGAUGCUCGGGCCAAAUGACCGCCUCUACCCCCUCCACGUAGCAGCUAAUCGGAGCGUCUUCCCCCCGUCGUCUCGGUGUUCUUGUCUUGACCCAAACAUGCCGAGCGCACUGGUUCCGCCACUGGCCCUCGUUUUCGGGCUGUUGCUGGAGGUGACUGAAGCUAAGAAGUACUGUUGGUACGUUGAAGGAGGAUACCCCAUCUACUUUAUAUGCCGCUCGUAUGAGGACUGCUGUGGCACACGCUGCUGUGUGCGGGCUCUGUCCAUUCAGAGGCUCUGGUACUUCUGGCUGCUGCUGAUGAUGGCCGUGCUGUUCUGCUGUGGAGCUGGCUUCUUCAUUCGCAGGAGGAUGUACCCAUCUCCUCUGAGGGACGAACCCGCCUUCAACGUGUCCUUCACCAGACACCCUGUCAACUCUCCAGUGUCCCAGCAGCCAGGCCCUGUCCAUGCCUACAGGGUGAACGGAGUGCCCGAACCUGUGGUGUACCCAGCCUCCUACCCCCCACCACCGUCCUACUGCAACCACCCCCCACCCUCCUAUGAACAAAUAUUCCAAAACAGCAACAAGACGUAACUCCGAGCACAGACUUUUGGACUGAGGGACUGAAGGAACCCUCUCUUAGAUGAACUGGAGUUUGUUUCAAUGGUUCUGCAGCACCAAACACACAGCAUGACACGGCAAUGAUUUAAAGUAAAGUAAAGUAAAAUUUCUAUGACAGCUGAGGGUGGACCUAGAAAAUUUAUUUAACUUUUAAUGGUUAGAUUUGCGCCUCUAGUGUCCUAUUAAAAAAUAAUAGAUAACAAAAUGAUGUGAUCCACAACAGUAUGCAGGUAAGGUUAAAGCUAGAGCACAUGUCACACCUUUUUUACUGUUACAAGAGCUUGAUUAUGAUGGGCCAUUAAGAUCAUUACAGUAGGACUUACAGUAGGGCUAGUGUCAGUAACUGAGUAGCGAUUCUGAAAUGUGGUUGUUUGACCAUACUUAAAGCCAAAGGAAAAUUGAUCUUUAAAAAGCAUGGUUCUACAGGAUCUACUCAAGAUGUCCUAAUGACACUUUCACAUUCUUUGUAUAAACUUUCAACCUAAAACUACAAAUUUCCAACACACAUAUAUUUACAAAAGACACAGGGUACAGUACGUGAGUGGCAGAAAAAUCCAAAGCACACUGGCAGAAAUAAUUUUAACAUGUAGGCUAUAUUUCUCUGCCUUUUUUACUUCUCUUUAUGAAAAGGCAGGUUUUGGUCAUUUCAAAGUAAAAUGUAUGUACAAUUUCAGUUUGGAGUAAGUGACUUCACUGUAGUAGCUUGUAACUGUUCCUGCAAAUAGUCUAUUAAAGGUGCUGUACCUUAAUUUUUACUUAAAACAUGAAAAAGAGAACUAGUUCAUUUUAAAUGGUUUGCAGAGAUUCAAAGUUAUUCCAGACUUUUUUAAAUUCAGGGCAUUCUAAUUAUUCACCACGAUGAGUUUAUAAAUGCUUUUCACAAUUUUCAGAGACGACAGCAGAGUUUUGCCAUCACUAAGCUAAUAACAUCUAGCAUGCUACAGCACAUUUCCUGAUUAUUGGACAAUAAACUGCUUUAUAAUUGGAUGCAAACAGUACAUGGCAGGCUUAUUUUGACCUCAUGAGCUGCUUAUAGAAUAUCUGUAGUGGGGCAAGACAUAUUUUGCUCAGAAACAUGGAAAAAAAUCAGGUACAGGGCCUUUAAUGAUUUAAACUUUUUGAAUUAUAAAAAUUUAAGAUAGCUGGAUUUCAAUUUUAUACUUACUGACUUUGAAACUAUUGUCCAUCUUUGCAUCUCAAAUUUAUCCUGUACAUGGAUGUAUAUUUGUUGGUUCCUUCUGGGCAGAGCCACACCUCCUUCCUUUUCAACAAGUGCUUCUGUGUGUUUUUAAAGUCCAUACACUUUCUGCUGAUCUGUUCUACAUGUAAACUUCUUUGAGGGGUGGGAAUAGUUCGGCACCUUCAGAAACGGUAUUUCUGCAAAUACCAAAACCUAAAGUUUCAAGAAGAGUGAAGGAGGACUCAACAUAGAGGACCAUGCCACCAAAAAGGAAUGACACUUUGCCAAAUACUUUGUCCAGGCACAAGUCUGUAGUUUUUCCCAUUGCAGAUUGGUGGACUUCUUGUAGCUUGUGGAGUUGCUGGUUAGCAGGGCUCAUGUUUGCAUGUUGUAUUCUUUGUGCAGACAAUGGACAAAUGUGAUGGACUUGUUUGAGCACAAAUGGAGGUGCGUAUUUGAGGUGGCACUACUUCAGGUGGCUGUGCCAGGCCUUUGAACAAAUCAAAUAAAAACAUUGCGUCUCACA